AUGAGAUACACCCAGCGGACAGAAUUAAGACAUCCGACAGAUUACUGCGUGAAAUUCUGCCAUGCACCGCUUCCUUUCUUCCAUCGUGUCAAUCGCCAGACGGAGUCAGAAGCUGGACUUCUGGACUGGUUGGCUAAUAUCCAGCGGAAAGGCACGUACGAGAGUCUAGGGAAGAUAUUCUCUAUCCCUGACACUGUAGUCUUCCCCGGUAUGAUUGAGAAGGGAUCUUAUGGCCAUAAUAGUUCUUUGAACCUGGAGAAUCUGUUGCCGGAUGGAGAGGAGAGUCGAUGGGCGGAGGAGUUGAAGGGGACGAUUGAGUUUCGACAGCAUAAGGGGAGUUUGGGGGCAGUGGGGAUCCGAACUACGACUUUGCAUGAGUUGCUGACGCAUAUCGGCUGCGAGCCCGAUCUGAUACAUUUCCUUGCCAAUCCAAGAACGACAUACGAGGACCCAGACUCGGAGCGACCUGCUAUCUUCCCACCAAGCAGUAUCGUCGCUUGCAUAGAGCAGAAUAAGUUCGAAGAGGCUGCGAGGUUCGAGCCUGAGGCCGUAUCCGAUGUGAAUAACAAGGACUAUGGUCUCGAUGCUUCGGUGACAGAGGCGAGUAGUCCGACGGAGGUCAUGGCUCGGUGCUGCCAGCAGGCUUGUGCUACGGUGGUGAGUAAGGGCGCUGAUAUCUUCCCUUCUCAAGCGAAUAUUGCUGCGCCGGCGAGGGCGCUGGUGUUUGAGCAUAUUGCGGAGAUGUAUCGUGGGACGGCUGAUCCACGGGAGUAUUGGUAUUUGUCGUAA